AUGGUGAAGUCACAUCGGCACCACUGCGUGGGAUGUCAGAAGGUGUGGCGCAAACCAGCCACUCCCAGGAUGGGUCCUCUCCCAGACCUCUGCACGCAAGGAACACUUCUGGCAUUCGCCCGCACCGCUGUGGACUUCGCCGGACCAUUUCUAGUGAAGAGAGGUCGAGGACAUACACAAGAGAAGAGGUAUGUGGCAGUGUUCACGUGUCUGCAAUCUCAAGCGUGUCACUUGGAGCUGGUUACCUCUCUCGACACGACUGGCUUCAAGAUGGCCCUGACGAGAUUCUGCAGGCGUCGCGGCACACCCGAGAUGUUGCUUACUGAUAAUGGAAGCAAUUUUGUUGCGACAGAGCGAGAGCUGAGGGAGGCAGUCGCCCAGCUUGACCAUGCCGACCUCACAUCGGAGUAUGCAGGCCAAGGUAUUGAAUGGAAAUUCAAUCCGCCUCGUUCUUCUCAUUUCGGCGGCGUGUUCGAACGGAUCGUGCGCUCCAUGAAGCAAGUUCUCCAGACUGUGCUGUACAAGGCUGGUUUAACUGAAGAAGAGCUCCAGACAGUAUUGGUGCAGGCCGAGGCUGUCAUCAACUCGCGGCCAUUGGCAACGCUUUCGGAGAAGAGUGAAGACCUGGAGCCGCUAACGCCUUUGCAUUUCUUGGUUGGCCAUUCGAGAGUUGCAACAGCGUUGGAAGCAACCCCGGAGGGGGGGGGGGGUCUGCAUCGUCGCUGGCAGUUGCUCCAGGAUCUGAUGAAGCGCAUUUGGAAGAGGUGGCUCCGCGAGAUUGUUGCUCGAGCCAAUUUGGAGACGAAGUGUGACCGUGAUAGUGCAUCGGUUACAGUCGGCAAAAUCCUGAUGAUGCUGGACGAAUCGCUUCCCAGGACUCAGUGGCCGCUUGGUCGAGUGGUCGCUACGUAUCCUGGAAAGGACGGGAAGGUGCGCGUAGUGGAUGUGAAGGUCAAAGGGAAGGUGUACAAGCGCAGCGUCCACCGCUUGGUGCCCCUAGAUGUGGAACUGUCAGCAGUCAAGGUGACUCUCCCAGCCUCUGCCGAAGUCCCGCUAAGUGAUCUUAAUGAGUGA